GUUUCGUCAAACGUAAACACAAUCCUCUCGUGUCACCUUCUCAUCGAAUUAACUGUUUAAAAGGAGUGCAUCAAUGUCAAUUUCUUGAUGAUCACCUGCAAGAUCAUCUGCCAGAGCCUGGCCCAGUCCCCUCGCCUCCAAUUAUAAUUCACCCCCAAAAUUAUCAAGAUGGACAAGGAAUUAACCUCCAAACGUACCCCCUUGAGGAACAGCAGCCUGGCAAACAGGCCCUUUCGCUCUCCAUUCGCCUCGCUGACGCCUAAAAGUGAUAUUAAAAAAUCAUCACCCCUAAUUACAUCAACUUCGACACCCACUACAACUCUGCAAAAUUCCACACCGAAAAGGGCCUCAGUUUUUCCCGACAAGUCUCAAAUAAAGAAGCGAAGAAUCGAGAUCGAAGUCUGUGAGGAUAAUCGCGAGAACAAGCCAGUCCCAUUCCCCUCAAAGCCCCAGCUGUUGGCCCUGAAGAAGACGAUUCGUGACAAACGACAGCAGGUCGACAGCCUGAAGGCCCAACUGGCCUGUCGAAAAAAGCACAACAGAGAAGAUCUGCACAAAGAAAUCGACAGGUGGAGGACUGCCUGCCAGAGUGCUCUAGUGCAAUUCCAGAAGGACUGGAACGAUACCAACGCAGAGGGGGUCUACUACGACAUGAGGAGGAUCCUGGCAAUGCUGAAUAUUCCAGAGGAAGUCGUCAAGUUCCCAGAUGAGGCUGAUUUAACUUAAAUAAAAAUGGGAUUUACCCUCUAUCUUCGCUUUUUGUUAAUCGUCCACUAUUAUUUUUUAUCACCGCAAUUCAUUAUUUUUCAUUUGAAAAUAUAUAUGAAUAUAUAAUAUAUGAGAAUAUACGAUAUUAGUCUCAAGUAAGACUAGGAAAUGAUAGAGUAAGAGUAUUUUUGUGUUAAAUAAAACGUUUAAUAUUAAAAAUAAAAUUCGAUAGUACAACAAACA